AGUCUUUUUCUUUUCAGGAAAGGCGUCUUGCGAUCUUUGUCGGAAAGACUGCAGCUGGUUGAGCGUGUUGCGUUUGAGCGAGGUGAUGACCGUUUCGUUAAUGGUCUGCACGCCAACUACCUAGGCGUAAAUUUACCUCUGAAAGCGAUCCGAUCUGGUGCUGAGGCUUUUGUCCACUACGAUCGCAUUAUGCUUGCGAUCAACGAAAAACAAGACUACACUCUGAUGAAAUACGUCACCGUGUUUUACAUGCUUCUCCAUGCAGCUGUGGCUACCCACACAAGGGCUAAAUUGAAAUACCCUCAACAGGAGCAAACCGCUUUACAAAGACGACGAGAGUCACAAGAAACUCUUGCAACAGUUCAAUGCGCUCUUUUGGGGAGGUAUUCUCCAACCGCUCUACUUUGUGAUGUGCUGCCUCUUCUUCUGCAAAUUGUACAGCCACCAAUUAAAACG